UCAAAAAAAACACACCCAAAACCCCCCCCCUCUCUCUCUCUUCUCUCUCUCUCUAGAACCAGAACCGGCACUGCUCAGCGACAAUCCGUGAAGAAGAAGAUCAUGGCCGACUCCGAAUCCACUCCUUCUCUCCCCUCUCCUGCUCCCCUCUCAUCCAGGAAGGAGAACGUCACUCCCGUGAGCUCCAAGAUCGCGGAGUUGAACGAGUCGAGGUCGGAGCUUCUUACUCGAAUCCAAAGCCUAAAGCAGGAUUUGCAAGGUUGGAGGUCAAAGUUGGACACCCAAGUCAAGAUCUACAAAGAUGAACUUUCGGAACUUAAGAAAUCACUUAACGUUGAGGUGGAACAACUCAGAUCAGAAUUCCAGGAACUGCGGACCACUCUUCAGCAGCAACAGGAGGAUGUCACCACUAGCUUAAGGAAUCUCGGGUUGCAGGAUGUUUCAGGAGAUACCAAGGAUGGUGUGAUCAAAAGUCCAAUUGUCAAAAAAAUAGAGGAGGAUGCUGCGGAUGCUGAGCAUAUUUCACCAGUAGUCAUAAAAAAGGAAGAACCUGAAUACUGAGGAGUCUUCAUUUUGAGGUCAUCUCUUGUGAAGAAGAGAAUAUUACUUUCUUUGUAUGACAAAUAAUCAGUCACGUCCACUGUUGAGUCCAAAAAUGUUGUAGUUUACAAUCAUCAUCUGGCGUAAAGCUGAAGUUGAAUCAAUUAAUGUAAGAUUCGCUCUCUUUAUUCGUCAAUCGAAUUGAUCUCGUUUAUCUUGUGAA